AUGGCCAUUCCCAUAAGAGUAGCGGCUUGUCAUGUGUCGUCUAUUUUCCUAUCAGCUAAGAAGACAACCCAAAAGGCCAUUGGACUGAUUGAACAAGCCGCGGCACGGAGAGCCAACCUGGUCGUCUUCCCCGAGACAUUCAUACCUGCAUUUCCUGUGUGGAGUGCUAUUCGUCCUCCAACUGCCAAUCAUGACCUUUUUAAGCGCAUGGCGACGGAGUCGAUAUAUGCUAAUGGAGAGGAGAUUCAGGAUAUAUGCACAGCUGCAAAGGAGUUCAACGUCAUGGUGAGCCUUGGCUUUUCAGAAAAGGUUGACUUUAGUAGUGCCACGCUAUUCAACUCCAAUCUCUUCAUUAGCAGCCAGGGUGAGCCUCUUAUUCAUCAUCGGAAGUUGGUACCGACCUUUUUUGAGAAACUCACCUGGGCCCCAGGCGAUGGUCAUGGUCUACGAGUUGCGGAAACACCGUUUGGAAAAAUUGGCAACCUCAUCUGUGGCGAGAACACAAACCCGCUCGCCAGAUACGCCCUCAUGGCCCAAGGCGAACAAAUUCACAUAUCGACGUGGCCAGCGAUAUGGCCCACCCGGCUUGAGCUCUCACAAGAUGUGAAGGAUGUGACGGGUCCAACUACAUCGUGCAGCGCAAACUAUGACAACGUUGCAGCCAAUCGAACCCGUGCUGCUGGCCAUUGUUUUGAGGCUAAAUGUUUUGGUGUCCUCUGCUGUGGCGUGCUAGGAAAAGAUGCGAUUGAGGAAAUUUCCGGCGGCUCAUCGCAUUUGAGAAAUGUAUUGGAGCACUCCCAGCGCGGCGCUACCAUGUUUUUGGACCCUACAGGAGCGCAGUUGCCAGGCUUUACCGUCAACGAUGAGACACAGAUCCAAGAACCUGCUCCUUUUUUGCAGGAUGUUGAGGGAAUCUUAUACGCAGACAUGAACGUGGAGGACUGCAUUGAAGGAAAACAAUACCAUGACAUUGUGGGCGGCUACCAACGACUAGAUGUGUUUGACUUUAAGGUCAAUAGGGCACGCCCAUGUCCAGCUACGUUUGUGAGCCAAAACGAUACAAAUUCGAUUCAAGAUUAA